GAUAACUAGUUGAAGCUCACAUCGAGUCCGAGAGAGGUUCCUACAGUAGCAGGAAAUAUCACUCUUCACUCUCGAGCUAUAUUUUGCUUUCUUAGUUCCCAACAAUAUGGCCAAAUCCACUUUCUUUGUCUGCCUUAACCUUUCAUUACUCUUCUCUCUAGUCACAGCCACUUACUACUCAAGUUUAACCCCAACACUUUUGGGUUUUCGCGAGGAGCAGUUCACCCACCUCCACUUCUUCUUCCAUGAUGUCGUGACAGGCCCAAAGCCCAGCAUGGUGUUUAUCGCCGAGCCCAACGGGAAAGCGAAGGAUGCCCUUCCGUUCGGAACCGUUGUGGCGAUGGACGACCCUUUAACCGUGGGGCCCGAACAGGACUCGAAACUUGUGGGCAAGGCCCAAGGAAUUUACACUUCAAUAUCGCAAGAAGAGAUGGGACUAAUGAUGGUGAUGACGAUGGCAUUCACCGAUGGAGAUUUCAACGGCAGCACCAUCAGCGUGUUGGGGAGGAACAUGAUCAUGAGUGAACCUGUUAGGGAAAUGGCUAUUGUUGGCGGCACUGGGGCUUUUCGUUUUGCACGUGGCUACGCUCAAGCCAGAUUUUACUCUGUUGAUUUCACCAAAGGAGACGCUAUCGUGGAAUACGACGUAUUCGUGAACCAUUAUUGAGAUUUACUCCUUCCGUUUCGCAAUAGUUACGGAGAAUUGUAUUAGAAAAAAAAACUCAAAAUAAAUGUUAUUUUAACUUACAAUCAUUCAAUGAAAUAACUUUAGUACUUUUUAUUUA